AUGAACCAACUUCCAUCAUCAUCAACUUCAACUUCAACUUCAAACCCAAUCUCAAUCCAAUUACAUCCAAAACCAUUCUCAUCAAAUCAAUGGAAUCAAUCUAAAUCAAUACAAAUCAAUUGGGAUAAAAAACGAAAUGGAUUAGCACUCUCUAUCAUCUCAUCUUCAUCAAUCCUCUCCAAACCAAAUCAGAAUCAAAAACUAUCAAUCUCAGAACAAUCUAUCUAUUUAAUCAAUUCAUUUCAUUCGAAUCCUUCACGUCGUUCACUUAUUACAAGAUCUUUUGAAAUCUUUAGUAGUUUACAAAAAGUUGUGGCUGUUUGUGAAGAAGAAGAUCAUUUGAAAAAUCAACAUCAACUUCCAUCUAGUUCUCAAUUCAAAUAUUAUUCUAGAAUUGCUCAUCAAUAUGUGAUCAGUUUAAAAGAUUAUUUGAAUCAAUUAGAACAAGAAGAUGAAGAAAGUAAUCCAGAUGAAAUCGAUUUAGUGAUUCAAAUGAUUGAAUGUUUUAGUUUAUUUGUUUUAGUUUUUGUUCCAGAAGAUGGUAGAGGUGACGGUAUCUUUUCUGAACAGUUUUUGGAUUGGGUGAAUCGAAUCAAUCCUCAACCACCUAAAGAAGAAGGUGAAGAACUUAGUAAUCUUUCAUUACCUUAUGAACACGUUAAUUUUUGGCCAUACAUACACGCUUGUUUAAUUCGCGGACAUUUAACUCAAUCAACAGCCCUUUUAAAACCCUAUACCAAAACCCAGAACCCAACUUUGAACCAAUUAAUGACCAUCACGAUCUCCUUAAUCAACAAGACACCCAGAUCCACCCAAUUCUCACAAGAAAACUCAUUUAUCGAAGCGUUAUAUCAAUUCAGACAAUCAGUUGAUCGAGUUUUAUUAAAUUUAGAUCAAGAGAUGGAAAUGAUUUUCAAAUUAGAAGAAGAACGUAAAAAACAAGGAAACGAAAGUAUGGAUGAAGAUGAUUUGUUAUAUUUACAAGCUAGUUUGAAGAUCUUAUUGGAAAUCUUAUCAGGUGAUGAGAAUCGGGUUUCAGAAGCUUGUUAUGAUUGGAAAGAAGCACUUGGGGCUCAUCUUUUAUGGGUUUAUCCUACUUGUAAACGUGAUGGAUUAGGACCUGUGAUUAAAACGGUGACAGAGAAUUGGCCAAUUGAUCAAACUUCAAUAACCGAUCGAUUAACCUCUUCGAUCUUAACCGGUUCCACUCAAACUUUGAUUCAAGAAUCUCAUUCACUUUCACCAUGGUUAUCAUGUCAUUUAAUAGAUUUGAUAAGUAAAUUAGGAAUCUUGGAAGAAGAAUCAGAAGAAUCCGAAUUAGAAAAGAUGAGAGAAUUUUAUGUUUUUGAAUAUUUAGAUGAGCUAAGUUUAGAUCAAGGGUUAUGGAGAUUGAUGAUUGCUUAUGCUGAUACGACUAAGUUUGGGAUUCAUUGGAUCAAGUCAAUUUUGAGGAGAUUGAUUAUUGAUGAUUCGAUUGAAGAAGGAAAUCAGGAGGAAGGAGAAGGGAAGAAGACAAAAGCUACAGUGAACGUUUUGGAAUUUAAAGAGAUUUGUGAAAGGUUUGGAUUAGAAGAUGAAUUUUGUCGUUGUACAAAAAUUUUAACUAAAAGGUUAAUUAAAGAAAGGAAAUUUGGUUCGGCUAUAGCGUAUUCGAUUAGAUCUGGUGAUUUGAAAAUGAUUAGAAGGAUUACUGAUUUACUUUUAAUUGAAUAUAUCAAUGAAGGUCCAGAAGAAUUUGCGAAAUUAGUAGAUGAAAUUCCUUCAUCUUUAUUACAUCCAAUAGCACCUAAACUACGACCCAACUUAUUUCAAAGCGGUCCAUCAGAUCAAGAAUCAACUCAUCAUAAUGAUAAUUUGAUUUUCUUAUCUAGGUAUCGAGAUUUACAUUCGUUUUAUUUAAAAGGAGAUAAAAAGAAAGUGAUUGAGAUCGUGAUGAAUUUGUUGAUUGGUCAAAUCGCUCCUAAGGAAUGGUGGUGUAUUUUAUUGAUUGAUCUUUUACCUUUAUUAGAAGAUGAAGAGAUGUUGGUAAAUGUAACAGAUACAUAUGAAUUAUUAAGAUGUUUAGAAGAGAUCACAUUGGGUUUAGAAGAAUCAAAUCAAACUCGAAUUCGAAUUGAUUAUUUGGUUUAUUUGAAGAUGAUUUUGAAAAACCAAAGUGAUGGUUCAAAAGAAAUUGAAAUCAUUCGAUAUUCUUUAGCUAGGAAUUUGUCUAGAUGUUUAACUUUUAAAUAUUAA